GAACUAAACGACCGUACUCUCCUUGUCAGUCACUUGCCGUGGGCCCUUCAGUUGAACGCACUUAUUAAGGCUUUUAGAACUCCUGUUAAUGCCCGAUUUCCAAUGAAAAAAUUCAAAGGCAAUCGAAAAUACGCCUUUCUUGAGUUCUCUUCCGCCUCUCUUGCUAAGCAGGCCUUGGAGAGAGGUAUGCAGUUGAAAUUUCUAGGACGAACUCCUAAAUGCGAGGUAGUAUCGCAAAAAGUCCAAAAUGGGUACCUUAACGAUCCAUGGAUUUACCAGCUUAACGAUUUCAAGUUAAACAAGCUGAUGAUAUCUUGUAUUCCUCGAAUUGCGACGGUAGAUGACAUCAGAUACCUCUUCCCUGGUGCAAGCAAUGUCGACUUUCCUAAUGCUGGUCCGGACAAAGCAUUGGGGUCUGCGCAAGUUGAAUUUAUUGAGGCGAAGGAUGCACUUGCAGCCUUUAAAACGAAGCAUGGUGUCUUGAUUCAUGGAGUUCCCAUCAUUGUCAAUUACUGCCUUCGAAAGAAAGCCGGUAAACGAAAUAAGGAAGAGCGGAAAAAUGCUAAUGGCGAACAAGUGCGGCUGCACACUAUGCUUUGA